AUGAUGGAGUAUCCCGGCAGCGUCCGCCCCCCUCCGCUUCCUUUGUUGUUUGUCAGUGGUGGCAGCUGCCCAGCCGUGCUGCCCUCCUCCGGCCCAUCUUCCUGCGGCAGGAUGCUGGGCUGCGCUGACGUUCCUGUGCCGAGCGUUCUGGCUCUCAUUUGUCUACAUGCUGACGAGAUUGCAGGCGCGCCGCUAGCUCGAAACGGCCAGCUGCCGCUUCCUGUCCUCCGCGCUCCGAGGAACCAGAGCAGGAUGCCGUGGGGACGACGGCUUGGCUCGGGUAAAGCCGCUGGACGUGCCUUGGCCAGGGACUCUAGCCUCACCGCGAUGAAUGUUGUGUCCUGGGCGGAGCCUCGGGACCCGCAGCCGGACUUAGCAGAUGCGCACGCAACGCAGCCGCAGCAGCCCGACAAAUUAUGUCUGGAGUCUUUCUGGAGUGAGGUGGAGAACGUACAGCAACACAUCAGCGACUCGGGGACGGAAAGCAGCAGACGAGACUCGCGACAGUCUGAGGAGGGUGAACAGGAGGAGCUGUGGCUGCAAGAUGCUGGUCUGUCUCCGCUGGAAAUAGGUGAAGGAGAAGAAGUGGAUAAAGUGGUGUUGAUGUCCACGCUGACCAGGACACAAGCCGCAGCGGUUCAGAGACGCAUCGAUUUAUACACCUGCUCGCUGCGCAAGAGAAACAAGACGCCAACUCGACACGUCAAAGACAUCUUCGAUUCACCUUUGACUCAGUCAGCAGUGCCUGAAACAAACAACAGUGACACAAACAUGGAGAGCGUCACAAAGACCCAGAGAUCAGCUGUCAGUGUUCAGGAGUGUUCAGCCCAACAGAAGGAUGAGAUAUUUAUCACCGAUGUGGCGUAUUGUGAGCAGGCGGCCAUCUUACUGAAACAAGCCAAACUACCACUACAACGCAACAGCAUCCAAUGGAAGAGAGAUGAUGGAAUUCUGCCGAGGGUGAUCUGUCCACAGUGUCGUUUGGGCGUGACGCGGGUGGUGGAUUUGUCCCAGCAGGACAUGAAGAAGGUCCGUCAGUUGGCUCUGAUUGACAUGACGGCUCUCUGUGACCUGCUGGAACUCGAAGUCAAACGACAAAAAACGUGUAAAAGGAAAAUCACCGAGAGCUGUUUGUUCGGAGUCCCUCUCGCAGCAUUGGUGGAGAACGAUCAGAAGAUCAAACCCAACACUCAGAUCCCUCUGUUCCUCCAAACGCUUCUGUCUUUUCUGGAGAAGAACGGUCUUGAUUCGGAGGGGAUUCUGAGGGUUCCGGGAUCUCAGGCCCGGAUCAAGGUGCUUCAGCAGAAGUUGGAGAAGUCGUUUUACGGAGGUUCGUUCUGUUGGGAUGAGGUCAGUCCCAAUGACGCCGCGGCUCUGCUGAAGAAAUUCAUCCGCGAGCUUCCGGCUCCACUGCUGACCCCCGAACAUCUGAACACCUUCAGCGCCGUCAGGGAUAUUGCAGAACUGAAGCAGAAGUUGCAUGUGUUGAAUCUGCUUGUGCUGCUGCUGCCAGAACCCAACAGAAACACACUGAAGGCGCUGCUGGAGUUUCUCAGUAAGGUGGUUCAUCAUGAACGCAGAAACCGGAUGAAUCUGUGGGCCGUCUCCACCAUCAUGGCUCCAAACCUCUUCCUUCAUAAAGCGGUGCCCAGUAAACUGCCAGUAGAUGGUCAGGAGAAAGGUCAGGCCGAGCGGGCAGCGGACAUCAUGAGACUGCUCACACGAUACCAGGACCUGCUCUGGACGGUGCCAAACUUCCUGAUGAGUCAGGUGAGAAAGCUGAACGAGAACAGCAGUCGACGCUAUCAGUUCUACGACAAACGCAUCAAGAACCUGCUCAAGAAGAUCCACACGGACAGCAAAGACAAACCCGACAAAAACUCAGCCGAGCCUCGUCGUACAGUUAAGGUCCAGCUGGGAGACGUGAGUUUCUCAAUGGAGUUUCGUCUCACCAUACAUUCUCGCGCAUCAGACCUGAUGUCACAGUUUUAUAAAGAACUGAACACCUCUGAGAAUGGCAAGGGUUUGUUAAAAAGAAAUGGUUCAACAACUCCAGAUUGUGCCAUCUACGAAGUGGGUGGAAAUAUUGGUGAACUCUGUGUGGAUCCAGAUACCCAUUUAUUUGACCUGUACAAUAACAACCCCAGUGGAGAAUGGCUUAUUAAAGUGAGAUCUGCCAGCAGAGGGCAGUAGAGACAUAGAGGAGAUGAAGAUGAGACACAAACUCCCUCCUCUAAAUCCUUCAUGUCUUCUGGGCCACAAUGUGAAAAAGACAUUUUGACAGGUGAAGAGUCAAACAUGAACAUUUGACCAAGCUGUGAGAUUUUGAGAAGUAUGAAUCGGACGCACAGGAAGUGAUGUCAUAAGCUCUACACCCUUAAUGAUGUAAUGAAGCUGGACUUCAGCAUUUUAAUAGGACUUUUUUUCUGUGUUUUGAUGCCGACCUUGGAUUGUAUGGCACUAUUAAUGUUGUUUAUUUAUUAUCCGCUAGUGCACAGUUGUGUUUGUUGUGUGAUGAAUGUAUUGCUGAGAUGUUUUUUGUACAGAUUUGGUGCCUGACAGUAUUAAAUAUUUCAAUGGAUAGAAUGUGACUGUAGCUCUUUCUGGCUACGAGACGUCUGCUGUUGUGUAAAGUUAAACAGACGUGCGGCAUUUAAAUGACUGUUAUUAUACAAUUUUGACGUGUGUUUUUGAUACACUAACCUCAACACACACACAUUGAGAGACAGUAUUGUGUUUCUCACAAAUGAAUGUGCGAGUGUUAGUGUAAUGAUGUAUAACAUCAGUCACACGCUGUCAUGAUUCUUCCUGCUCGACCAACACACUAAUACACACACUUUUAGAGAACGCAACCCACAUUUAUUGUCUGAUUUGUAAACAUACUGGUGUACAUUUUGUCGUCAUGAAACAUCACAUCUCAGCAAGUCACACAAUCUGGGUGUUGACAUUAGCGACCCCGAGCAAGCACUUGAUGACUUCGGAUAAACCCCAACAGAAACAGCACUCGAGCAGCAUGUGUCCUGUCUGCGACGCGUUUGACAUUUCUACACAAUACACGGGCUGUGUCGUUCUGCCAUGUCUGCAUGUCACAGCUGGUUGGUCAGGGACAAAGACGCUGGAAAGAUCUCCUGUCUGCAGGAAUAAUCAGAUGUAGGUCACCUCUGAGGCCCGGGGUCCGCCCGGGGCCAGAGCAUGGACCCCUUCAUACCCGCUCACAUACUGUAUGUGUUAUAAACACAUUAAUUUGCAGUUAUCUUACGCUGGAAUAUUUCCUGCCAACCUUUUGUACAAACAUGACCGUAUUUGUGCGUUUCAGCCACAUGAACUCAAAGUGUUACUCUUAUAACGUUCAGUGUUUGAUCCUUUAUCUAUUUCUUCAGCAGAAUGUGUUUGGUUUAUAAAUGAAAGCUCUUUAGGUGUGAGAUAUUAGGCUUGUAUGUGACGUUUGUGGCUUUCGUGAAGGCGUUUGUGGAUGUGAUGUAAUAAAUUUGACUUUGAUUUGA